CAUAAUUUUAAGCCUGUGCCACCCCGACGCCCCGUCACUCGUCAAACCCAAUUUAGAUCGGUAACGGACUCACCCAAGUGAGACGCCCGGUUUACGUUGGUUAGGCGCGAAACCCGUAACUAGGGUACUGACUCGCCCCGGGUUAGUCUUAACUAAGUCUUGGUCAUAAGGAUGAGAGACUUAGGGCACUGCGGUAGGAUAAAUAAAUAAAAUCAGAUCAUCCAACCAGAGUUGUAAAUUGUUACAAUUGGAAUUUAUUCCUACCAGAAAUAAUUUAACUGUAGGGCAAGAUGCAAAACACAACUAUAGUUAAAUGAAAUAUGGAUCUGGCCCAAUUAAGAAUUUUAUUUAAAAGAAUCCACCGAACCAAGAGUUGUAAUAACGAUUGCAAUUGGAAUGAAUUCCUACCUAAAUAAUUUAACUGUAGGGCAAGAUGCAAAGCACAACUAUAGUUAAAUAAAAUAUGGAUCUUGGCCCGCUAGGGUAUUCUUCAAAUAGAAACCCCAAGUCAAUAGGUUCCGUACCUGAGGGUAGUUGACUUGUUAGAAAUAGUGGGAGAGUAUUUAAUAAAGACCUAUUAGAUACUUAAUUCAUGAUAAUAACUAUCUUCGCAAAAUUCUGUAGAUGGCAAACAACAACACAAACAACCUCGCCCUGCGUUCCAUUCUGGAUAAAGAUAAAUUGAACGGAACAAACUUUGUUGACUGGCAACGCAAUCUCUGCAUUGUUCUCCGCAUGGAUGAGAAAGAGUAUGUGCUCGAAAAGCCCAUUCCUCCUGCCCCUCCCGCUAACGCCCCGAAAGCGGUCAAAGAUGCCUACGAGAAACACGUUAAGGAUGACAACCAGGACUUGGGAGAUGCCAGUUAUGCACUUGGCAUAAGGAUCUAUAGGGAUAGAUCACGGAAGCUGUUAGGUCUCAGUCAAAGUACAUACAUAGACAAGGUCCUCGCUAGAUUCAGCAUGUCUGAGUCGAAACGAGGAAGUUUGCCUAUGGCCCAAGGCACGAGUCUUUCCAAGACUCAGAGUGCUUCCACUCCGGAAGAAGUAGAACGCAUGAGAAAUGUUUCUUAUGCGUCGGCUAUUGGAUCCAUCAUGUAUGCGAUG